CUUUGCCUAUUCUCUUUUUUGUUGCGUAAGAUUAACGAAGUCAGGCUAAUUUAAUGGGUAUCCCAGCAAUAAAUAUUGCCUGCGAAGUUAGCAAACUGAAGGAAUUUAUUAAUGGACAUAAUAAGAGAGUCUUAAGAAGAACUCUAACAAAAAGUCAUUUCUGAAUUCGAAAUUUUUGGGAUAAAAAAAACGUUUGUGGAUAAUAAAAUUUUCAUUUAACCAAGCCCAUAUUUUGAAAAAGAAGAUGGAGAUUUGUGAAAUGUUUGAAAUUUAUUUCUUCCAUAAAUUAAAUAUGCGGCAUCUUAAUUACUCUUCAUACCUCAACACAUUAACUGUGUUGCCAAAUUUCCAAGGACCAUCUUCUUACAUAUCUUCAGUAAUAAUCUAAAGAGAAUAGGCAGUUGAAGUGAUCAGUUCAUUUCCGAGCUUGCCCUUCAUGUAUAAAUAUCUGUUUUAACUUAUUAUUUCAGACGAGAUUUGAGAUAUCCACUUGCUGGGCUUUCAGUAUUAAUAUUUCUGGAAUGUUCUAUCAACAAUACAGGCAUGUUAUUGAUUCUUAGAUAGCUUUGCAGCUUCACCUUCAAGGUCUAGCUCCUCAAAUAUGAGCUAGAAGGUCUGGUAUAGAUAACAUGCUUCUAGUGAUAAGAAUCUUGCUUUUGAAAUUUCAUUAGGAUACAGUUACAUUAUUAUUUAUUUGUUUUAUUUUAUUCGAAAAGUCUUCGUAAGGAAAUUGUUCGCGUGUAAAACUCAAAUUAUUUUUGAUGUUUCAAUGUGUUUAUAAGCUCAAAUUGAUUCUUUGAGGUUUUAGAACUUAAAGGAUAUUAGUAGCUGAUAAUUUUCCCUGCAACUAUAAAAUAAAUUUCUUUUUCUUGAGUCCCAAAAUGGCAUAUACUUUAAAUCAGGAUGACCAAUUUCUAGAUUUGCAACGCUAGAAACCUCUUCUACUCUAGAUCUCUAAUUAUACUACUUUUAAAUGAAAGAUCUCGACUAUUUGGUUAGAACUUUGCCUCUAUUUUGAAAAUUCUAAAUUUUUGAAUAAUAAACCUUAUUCUUGAAAUAUGAAAGGAUAAAUAUGAGCGAUGUAGGUUUCAUUAAGUAUAGCUAUUUCUCAUGCUCUCAAGAGUAAACUUUGAGCCCUAUAAAUUACAGUGUAAAAUAGGUCAUAGAGCUUCAGGCUAAAGCCACGUUUUAGCAUUCCAAAAUACUCUAGCUUAAAUAGAGGCUACUAGAUUUUCAAAAUUUGUUGGCUAAAUUUUAUUUCCACAAGGGACUCUCUGUUUUAUUAAAAACCAUGUGAAUUUACUCAAGAAAUAAACUGAAUUUAUGGGGGAAAUUUCUGAUUCGUCCUAUCCUGUAAAGAGUUAUACAGAAAAAAGUGUAUGAAAACUCAAUAAUUACUCAUCCGGGUUUUCAUGAUAACAUAAGCAGCUAGUUACUAAAAGUACUUCGAAAUUUCAAGUGCUUCCAUAAUUUGUAACACAAAGACCUAACUGGCUUCAGACUGAUUUCAGGAAAAAUAAAUUUCGAUGGACCAGAUGUUGUCACUCGGAAUAAUUCAUAGAAUGGAAUGAUCAAGCCAGGAGGAUGAUACAAGAAAUGAC